GCCCGACCACGUCGUCAAGGACUGCCCGGAGAGGUCCUGCAAGAAUUGUGGCGAGAAAGGUAAGACCUAUGUCCCCCCCGUACUCGUGGACACCAUUUAAUGACUUUGCCAGGCCACACCAUCGCCAAGUGUGAGGCAGCUCGCGCUAUCGACCGCAGCCACUUGCCCGACAAGACCGUCGAGGAGGCCUGGAGCAUGAUUGUCGAGGCUGCGAAGGAGAAGGAGGUCACUGAGGUCAAAGAGGCCAUCCAGAUUUACCUCAAGGCCAGCCCUGAGACGACUUAUGUGCAGCUGGAGGAGGCCCUUCGUGCCCAGGAUGUCAACCUGUGGCUGAUUGCCAUUGAGAGGCCCGUCAUGACCACCAUGACCAACAUGGACUUGCAGGGCGGCCUCAACAAGAAGUACACUGUCACCUACCGGUUCCAGUGGAACCCUCCCCGUCCUCGCGACCGCGACCUGUGGCCGGCCGAUGUUGCCGAGAAUCUUGAGCGUCUGCAGGACGCCGGUGAGGUUGUCUCUCGCGGCAUACCCAAGUGCGGCAACUGCGGCGAGUUGGGGCACAUUCGGAAGAGCUGCCCUGAGGAGGGUGCAGAGAAGGAGGAGCUUGUCAUCAAGUGCUUCAACUGUGAGGAAGUCGGCCACCGUAUCCGCGACUGUAAGCUCCCCCUUCUACCGCGGAGUAAGAUUCAGUCUAACGUUGUAUAGGCCCCAUUCCUCGCGUGGACAAGUUUGCCUGCAAGAACUGCGGACAGAGUGGUCACAGAGCAUCUGAUUGUAAGAGCCAGUCUGUGAUCAAGUAUCGAGACCGAGUAAUGCUGACAAGUUGUGCAGGCACCGAGCCGCGCUCCGCUGAGGGUGUUGAGUGUCGCAAGUGCAACGAGAGUGAGUAGUAUAACCCGUCCCCCAAGCGUAUAU